CGCCCGGGGCGGCGGCGGCAGCGCUCCGUAGGCGCAGCGCGGCGGAGCCGGGCCGAGGCGCGGCCAUGGGGCACCCGCCGCUGGAGUUCAGCGACUGCUACCUGGACAGCCCCGACUUCCGAGAGCGCCUCAAGUGCUACGAGCAGGAGCUGGAGCGGACCAACAAGUUCAUCAAGGAGGUGAUCAAGGACGGCAACGCGCUCAUCGCCGCCAUCCGCGGGUACUCCUCAGCAGUGCAGAAGUUCUCCCAGACUCUGCAGUCCUUCCAGUUCGACUUCAUUGGUGACACACUAACGGAUGAUGAGAUCAAUAUUGCCGAGUCCUUUAAGGAGUUUGCAGAGCUGCUGCAUGAAGUGGAGCUGGAGAGGUCCAUGAUGGUGCAGAAUGCAAGUGAUUUGCUGAUCAAACCUUUGGAAAACUUUCGGAAGGAGCAGAUAGGGUUCACCAAGGAAAGAAAGAAAAAGUUUGAGAAGGAUGGUGAGAAGUUUUACUCUAUGCUGGAUCGCCACUUGCAUUUGUCUUCCAAAAAGAAGGAAUCUCAGUUACAGGAGGCCGACCUUCAGGUGGACAAAGAGAGACACAAUUUCUUUGAGUCCUCCCUUGAGUAUGUGUACCAGAUCCAGGAAGUACAAGAAAGCAAGAAAUUCAGUAUUGUGGAGCCGGUGCUGGCAUUUCUUCACAGCCUCUUCACUUACAACAACCUGACAGUGGAGCUGACUCAGGAUUUCCUCCCAUACAAGCAGCAGCUCCAGCUCAGCCUGCAGAACACGAGGAAUCACUUUUCCAGCACGCGGGAGGAGCUGGAAGAUCUGAAGAAGAGGAUGAAGGAAGCACCCCUAACCUGCAAGCUGCCUGGGCAGCCGACCAUUGAGGGCUACCUGUACACUCAGGAGAAAUGGGCACUGGGCAUCUCCUGGGUGAAGUAUUACUGCCAGUAUGAAAAAGAGGCCAAAACCUUACGGAUGACACCCAUAGACCAGAAGCCUGGAGCUAAGCAGGGCACCUUGGACCUGACCCUGAAAUCCUGCGUGAGGAGAAAGACUGACUCCAUAGACAAAAGGUUUUGUUUUGACAUUGAAACAAAUGAAAGGUCCGGGACCAUCACGCUGCAGGCGCUGUCAGAAGCCAACCGAAGGCUGUGGAUGGAGGCCAUGGACGGGAAGGAGCCGAUUUAUCACAGUCCCAUCACGAAGCAGGAAGAAAUGGAGCUGAACGAGGUGGGCUUCAAGUUUGUUCGGAAGUGCAUCAAUGCAGUGGAGACCAAAGGAAUCACCACGGAGGGCGUGUACCGGACUGUUGGCAGCAAUAUCCAGGUGCAGAAGUUACUGAAUGCCUUUUUUGAUCCAAAAUGCCCUGGGGAUGUGGAUCUCCAGAGUGGGGACUGGGACAUCAAGACCAUUACCAGCUCACUGAAGUUCUAUCUCAGGAACCUGUCUGAACCUGUCAUGACGUACAAGCUCCACAAAGAGCUGGUCCUGGCUGCCAAGUCUGAGAACCUGGAUUACAGGCUGGGAGCCAUUCAUGCACUGGUCUAUAAACUGCCUGACAAGAACAGGGAGAUGUUAGAGCUCCUCAUCCAGCACCUUGUCAACGUCUGUGAGCACAGCCGGGAGAAUCUGAUGUCACCGUCCAACAUGGGGGUGAUCUUCGGGCCCACCCUCAUGCGAGCACAGGAGGACACCGUGGCAGCCAUGAUGAACAUCAAGUUCCAAAACAUCGUGGUCGAGAUCCUGAUAGAGCACUUUGGGAAGAUCUACUCUGGCCCCCCAGAAGACACCACAGCCCCCCCAGUGCCCCCACCCAGAGUGGCUGCCCGGCGGCACAAGCCCAUCACCAUCUCCAAGCGUCCCCUGAGGGAAAGACCUGUCUUCUUCAGUGCCUCAGUGGAGGAGAGUGGAGCAGAGAUGCUCAGCCAGACCCCCAACGGUGGCGGCGUGGAGGCCCCCAAGCCCCUGCAGCGCAGCCGCCCGCCCGCGCCCCGGCCCGGGGGGGACGAGCCGGGGCGUCCCCCCGCCGAGAGCCGGCCCCAGGCACGUGCUGAGCCCGAGCUGGGCAAGCUGGGGAGCAGGCUGCAGGAUGGAGGGGCAAAGCCAGCCGGCAGGGCGGCCAACGGGGUGGUGACCAGCCCUGCCCUGAGGACAGCCACGCUGCAGGCCAGGAGACCGGCGCCCCGGCCGGGCAUCCUUGGCAGAGAGGGUGACUGUGACGGUGUCCCUAAGCCACGUUCCCAUGGUGAUAAGCCUGUGAUAACACGUCCCCCUGUGAGACCUCCGGAUCCACCGUGCCGGACUCCCGUCCCUCCAAAGCUGGAGCAGAGGCCAGAUCUGAUAGCAGGGACAGCAGAGGAGAUGCCCUCAUCUGUGGUGGCCUCUAGGACCAAGUUCUUUGAGACGGCGUCCCGAAGAACAGGCAGUUCCUCGUCACCACAAGGCAGGAUCCCAAGUGAUGAGAGCUGAGACUAAAGGCUUUGUAAACACACCUCAGCCCAGCUGGACCCAGGAGACUUUCUGUGCUUGUGACCCAGGAGUCAGAGCUGAGCCUUGCCAGCCCCAGUGCCCUGGAGAGCAGCUACCUUACCGGACGAUGAUUUCCGAGCCACAAGUGGCUCAAGAAAUUAGGAGAGGGAGACCACAAUGGAGAGCAGGUCCUGCCCAUACAUCUGUGUUGAACUGCCCUGCCACCUCUCCUCCCUCUCCUCUCAUGUGUGCCAUGCAGGUGAUGGCAGCAUGGGCAGGGCUGGGGGACACGGACCGCCCGUGGAAGGGAGAGUGGAGCCCCUGUUCACCUGCUCACUUUUGGGAAACACGCCUUGAAAAGGAUGUUUGGACAGCACAGGGGCUGAGUCCCUGUGUUUGGAUGCAAGGGCAAAACAGCUGCAGUGCCCUCUUGCCCUGCUUGCCUUGAGAAGCCCCUUCCUUUGUGCUUGUGUCCCUCACUUGGUGAGUGUCAGUGUGUGGGACAGCUGUGCCUGCUAACGCUGCCCAUAGUGACACUGAGCAGGGAUGGGGGAAUCACUGUGCUCAGCUCUCUGGGAUGUCUCCUCAUCUCCUCCUGGACAUCCCUGGCCUGGGACACUGCACUGACAGACA